AUGGAGCAGUUCAAAAAAACCCCAUCUUCUUCAACAUCAACAACAACCUUUAGAAAAACAUCUUCAUUCAAUUAUUCUCCCCUAAAUUUAUUUUUUAUUCUCUCCCUAAUUUUAUUAAUUCAAUCAUUUAAUAACAACAAUAACCAAGUUAAUGCAUUCAUUUCUUCCUCCAAUAACAACAUUCCCUCCUCAAACACAUUUUUUCGGUUAGUAAGAAGUGAUGGGGAUGAUUCCCAACAACAAAAACAACCUGCACUUUUAAGUCGGUAUGGACGUGCUGCUGUGUUAUCCCGUUAUGGAAAAAGAAGUGGUGGACGUGCAAUUGUUGCUCCUUCGAGUUAUGAUACACAACAGACAGGCCCCCUAUUCUUAUGUCGUCCAACAGUUGAAAAUCUUUUAUUUUUACGCUGUCAUCCUUACAGAACUUGA